CUUUCAUUAUACCUUCAUAUGCAUAUUCAUAAAAAUGGAAACCUGGUUCCUCAUAGUAGUCACUUUAGCUACCUCUUUUCUCAUAAAAUCUCUCGUUAACCUUUUCUCUCAACCCAAGAAUCAGACUCAGUGUCUUCCUCCAGGUCCUCCCAAGUUUCCGAUUGUCGGAAGCCUUGUAUGGCUGCGAAAAUCAUUCCGAGAGUUCGAAUCAACCCUCGGCUCUCUCCACAAAAAGCUUGGACCUGUCAUCACUCUUUACAUAGGCUCCCGCCCCACUAUAUUCAUCGCAGAUCGCUCUCUUGCCCAUCAAGCCUUAAUCCAGAGCGGAGCAGUUUUCGCUAACAGGCCUCCGUCAUCUUCCAUCAAUAAAAUUACUAACUGCAAUCAACAUAAUAUCAGCUCGUCGUUUUACGGUCCUACUUGGCGUCUUUUUCGCAGGAAUGUUACUUCUGAAAUCUUUCAUCCUUCACGGGUUAAAUCUUACUCUCAUGCUCGUAAAUGGUCUCUUCAAAUCCUAUUCGAACGCUUGGAAUCACAAUCGAAAUCUGGUGAUCAUGUCGUUGGUGUUCUAGGGAAUUUCCAGUUCUCUAUGUUCUGUUUAUUAGUGCUUAUGUGUUUUGGAGACCAGCUUGAUCAAAAACAAAUUGAGGAAAUAGAACGAUUAGAGCGUGGUGCAAUUGUGAAUAUUCAUAAACUCGAUAAACUCAAUAUUAUGCCAAGAUUGACCAAGAUUCUGUUUAGGAAAUCUUGGUCUGAGUUCUUGCAGAUUCAGAAGCAAAGAGAAGAGGCUUUGAUUUCAUUAAUAAGAGCAAGAAAGAAAGCAAAUGAAGAGAGAAGAAUUAAUAAUUCUAACGAUGACUACGUCGUGUCUUAUGUGGAUACGCUGUUUGAUUUACAACUUCCCGACGAGAGAAGAAAGCUUACCGAGAAGGAAAUGGUUGCUUUGUGCAAUGAGUUUCUUAAUGCCGGCUCGGAUACUACUUCCACAGCCUUGCAAUGGAUCAUGGCCAAUUUGGUUAAGUACCCUGAAAUUCAAGAAAAGCUAUACAUGGAAAUUAUACAAGUUGUAGGUGAUGGGGAAAAAGAAGUGAAAGAAGAGGAUUUGCAUAAAAUGCCUUAUUUGAAAGGUGUGAUUUUAGAAGGACUAAGGAAACACCCACCUGGACAUUUUGUACUGCCACAUGCUGUGACUGAAGAUAUUGUUUUAGAUAAGUUCAUGAUACCAAAAAAUGCUACUAUCAAUUUCAUGGUGGCAGAAAUGGGCUGGGAUCCGAAAGUAUGGGAGGAUCCGAUGGCGUUUAAGCCCGAAAGAUUUACAGGUAAUGAUAGGAAUGGAGAAGUGUUUGAUAUAACUGGUAGCAGAGAGAUUAAGAUGAUGCCAUUUGGUGUUGGAAGAAGAAUGUGCCCUGCUUAUGGAUUAGCAUUGCUUCAUUUAGAGUAUUUUGUGGCUAAUUUGGUUUCGAAAUUUCAGUGGAAAGCUGUGGAUGGAGAUGAGAUUGAUCUGUCUGAGAAGCUCGAGUUUACAACUGUGAUGAAGAAUCCAUUGCAAGCUCUAAUUUCACCCAGGUUUCACAAUUAAUAAUUAUUUUCAUGGGCUGUGUAAAAAGAUUCUAUAUAAAUACGUAAACUCUUAAUCUUAUUUUAAUGUAAGAACGUAUAACAAAAUUAAGUUGCAGAACAGUAUAUAUUUUUUGAUCAUGCUCGUCCAAAUUGGAAUCUUGUAUUUUUUUAUUAUUUCUAUUUGUGAUGUAAAUUUUAUAAAUAUAUAUAUAAAAAAAUUACACUAA